GACCGAAAGAGCUGUGAGUUUAUUCCCCUGCGCCGCUGAGACCUAGUGCGCGACGACUUUGAGGCCAAGAAAGGGGACCUUGAGAAACAGAUCUCAGACCUGCUCGGCGAGGCAUGGACGAUCGACAUUGACCCCAAAGUCAUUGUGCCGUACCACACCGAAAGCACAGAGGGCACCCUCGGCGUCGUACUCAACUAGUGCGUCCCUGCGCUGCCCCAGCUCACACCAGCUACAUGGAGGCCGCAGUCUAUCAGCUCCGUCGCUUCGUCAACGAGUACGGCGACACGGGAAAGGCUGAGAUCCACGCCGCCGUCCCGAAGCGUGUGCUCAGCAUGGACGUGGACGAGGCCGAAAAGUACUUGUACUGUGGUCCGCUGGUCAAGGAUGGUGUACUCUAUAUCGUGUUCCGCAGCGACCGACUUUACGUCAACCUCGACGACGGCCUCGAUCCGAUCAAGCUCACCAGGGCGCUGUCCGAGACUCCGGCCGCCAGUGCAGCCACCCUCUCUCCCACGGUAAAGGUCAGCAUUGCAAAGAACUACGACCCCAAGGCCGAGCAGCUGCGCGUUGCUGUCGCUGAGGCGGUCAAUGUCCCAGACUUGAAACUUGUCCCCAACUUCGAACAUAACUACGGGGCGAUGAAGGCCGCGCAGGCAGCGGGCGUCUCAGUCCGCUCCGGCUGGGAGGAUGCUCUCGCGCGGGCCACCGCCGAUUACUUUGCGGAGUUGGCGUCCCAACUGAAGCGCCACAAGAUCGCGACUGACGAUAUACUGCAGGAGGCGUUCGUCGAUGUCGUCUCCAAACGCGAGGUGGUCCUCAGGGAUUAACUUUAUGCCCAAGACAUUUUGGGUCAAUGCGAGUGAGGCUGGCUCCAUGCUGGUUGACCGGCUUAGCGAAGUGGCCUAGAAUUG